AGUCCAAAAGAAAAAUCUUCAAUGUGUUUGGUCAAUCAACUUGCAAGAUUCAAUAAGAUAACACCAUCGUAUAACUUAAUAAGUGAAGAAGGACCAGCUCAUAAAAAGGUUUUCCAAGUUCAACUAAAAUUUGGAGUUGAAGAAUUUACAGCAACUGGGCAAAGUAUUAAAAAAGCGCAACAUGCUGCAGCAGCUGAAGCUCUUGUAAACACCAAAUAUCCCUCCCCUCCUUUGAGGAAGAAAGUCAAUCCAAGUUUGACACCAACAGUUGAAUUGAACUCUAUAGCGAUGAAGACCGGUGAAGUAGCAGCUUAUAAAGUUGUUGGUGGUUUUAAGGGUCGCAAGUUAAUGGAAAAUCAGGAUAUUGUCCAUAUAAAAAGGUUGUUUUUAUUUUUUAGAAUAGAAAAAAUAUUUAUCUUAUUCUGUGAAGGUCAUUCGAUGAUGAAUGCCAGGCAUGAUGCUGCUUCCAAAGCACUUGCUGUUUUGAAAGCAGAAGAUUUAGUAACAAAAAAUUCCAAAAACGUGAAGUUGAAGUCUGAAAUAAGUCAAGUUUAUGAGGUAGCAUACAGGCGGAAGUUCACAGUUAAUUUUGAGGUUGUAAAAGAAUCGGGACCACCUCACAUGAAGCUGUAUAUAACGAGGUGCACAUGUGGUGAUCUGAUGGUGGAGGAAGGAGGAAACAGUAAGAAGACAUCUAAGAAACAAUCUGCCAUCAAAAUGCUUCAAGAAUUAAACAAACUGCCUCCACUGCCUGUCCAUUUAAACGAGCAAUCAAAUGAUAAACCUUAUAGAAAAUUUUUCAAUAAACACAAAACGAAUAAAAACUUGAAGCCAAAUCCUGAUUGUGCGGCUGAUAUGAACCCAGUGAGUCGUCUCAUCCAAAUAUUGCAAGCCAAGAAAGAACAGGAACCACAGUUUUUAACAACAGAAAAGGGCAGUGGAAGGGAUCGAGAAUUUUGUGUUCAGGUUUCACUUCUAAUCAAUUUAAUUGGCCAAAUUUAUCGAAUCUUUAUUUCUUGUUUGCUUUAUUAUUUGUUUUCAAUUUUAACAUCUCGUAUUUUUAUAUGCUUUUUGAUUUCUAUACAAUAUCAAAAUGACAUUUCUUAUAUGAUUCGUUGA